AUGCCGCCUUUCAUCCCUAAAAAGCGUCAUGCUACAACGCCGCCACCAGCGGAAGCCCCAUCGACAAAGAAGAAGCCCAAGCUCGGUAAUGACAAGGAGUCUGGACCAAAAUCCCUUCCCAGGAGACAGAAAGCCAAGCAACCGGUCUACGCGGUGAGCGAUGACUCGGACUCCUCUCUGAGUAGCAUCGACAGCGUUGACUUCGAGAACAUCGCUUUGGGAAAAUCUGCUCCACGGAAGACAGCCUCAGAGCCCGCCAAGGAUGCAGAAGACAGUGAUGAUUCGGACGAGGUCCAGUGGGAGAACGCCAUUGAGCAUGAGAAUCCGACGUAUGCGCCCACCGAACCAGCUAAGGUCAGUGGCGGCGUACAGUUCUCGUUGGAGGCAGAUGAGGAUGAGUUUGGUGGCUUCGCAGCUGCUAGUCUUCAGCGUAAGCAAGGCAUCUCGAAGACGGAGAAGGCGACUCGCAUAGUUGCUCACCAACUACACGUCCAGUUCCUUCUCCUGCAUAAUGCUUUCAGGAACCGAUGGAUAUCAGAUCAGGUAGUCCAGAAGACUCUCAUGGACCAGCUGCCAGCUCAGAUCAACAAGAAGCAGAAGGGCCGAAAGGAGAAGCCAAUCAAUGUUCGAGAAGAGCGGGACUGGGGCAGGCCAAGCAUGCGACUCGAGGAGGGCAAGGCUGACAUGAGCUCUGGAGACCCCAUCAUUUCCUUGCUGAAAGUCUUGUCUGCUUACUGGAAGAAGCGAUUCGCCAUCACUGCCCCGGGCCUAAGGAAGCGAGGGUACAGCACGCGGUUGGAGCGGCGGAAGGAGGUCAAUUCAUUCAAAAAUGAUCCACACGAUCCGGAGAAACACGGUGAAAAGAUACAGAAUAUUCAGGAGUUCCGCGAAGUCGCAAAGAAAUGCGAAGGGUCCAGAGAUGUCGGAGCUCAGCUAUUCACUGCUUUACUGCGAGGACUCGGCAUCGAAGCUCGUCUAGUAGCAAGUCUUCAACCUGCUGGCUUUGGCGCGACUAAGGCAGAGGAGAUGACACCCAAGAAGCCCGGCGCCAACGGUGCGGCCAAGGCGAAGCCUGACACACCAUCAUCGUCAGAAAGUGACGUGAAGCUCGCGGACAUCGAAACAAUCAAUACUUCGAAGAUGAAGAAGCGGCAAAAGUCAAAGAAGCCGCGCUCAGCUCGCCAGUCCGGAAGCAGGACCGCAAUUGCGGAGAGCGCAUCUGCUAGCGUUGCUGCCUCUGACUCCGAUGACGGCUCAAUCAUCGAUAUCACACCCACGUUGCCAAAGAGGAAGCCGGCGUUGUACGAUCGUGAAGUCCCGUAUCCAAUCUACUGGACAGAAGCUGUCUCACCAAUCACGAAUAAGGUGUAUCCGGUGUCGCCAUUAGUGCUCGAAAGACCGGUCGCCACAAAUGAGGAGACGUUAGGAGGAUUUGAGCCUCGUGGCGCCAAAGCCGACAAAGCUAAGCUCGUGAUAGCCUAUGUGGUGGCAUAUUCUCCCGACGGCAGUGCAAAAGACGUCACGGUACGCUACUUGCGCAAGCACAUUUGGCCGGGCAAAACGAAGUCAUUCCGCUUCCCUAUAGAAAAGAUUCCGGUCUAUGAUCGCGCAGGUCGUAUCAAACGCUACGAAGACUACGACUGGUUCAAACACACCAUGAGUGCAUAUGCCCGGACCGACAAGAUGCGCACCGCCGUCGAUGAUGUGGAAGAGUCGACAGAUCUGGUACCACAACAGCCCGAGAAGAAGGAGAUUGAUGACACAGUAGAUACGCUCUCGUCCCUCAAGGCCUCUCCUGACUUUGUACUCGAGCGCUUCCUGCGCCGAGAAGAAGCCAUCCGACCGGGCGCACAGCCAGACCGAAUGUUCGCGUCCGGCAAGGGCGACAAUCUCAAAGAGGAGCCGGUUUACUUACGAGCAGAUGUCGAACGCUGCCUCACCACAGAGUCAUGGCACAAAGAAGGCCGCAUACCAAAACUUGGCGAGGCCCCUCUGAAGCAUGUCCCUGUACGUGCCGUCACAAUCACGCGGAAGCGUGAAGCCGAGGAACAUGAGCGCAUUACUGGUGAGAAGCAGCUACAAGGUCUGUAUUCCUGGGAUCAGACCGAGUAUAUUAUCCCACCACCAAUCGAAGAUGGCAUCAUCCCGAAGAACAGCUUUGGCAACAUUGACGCGUUCGUGCCCUCUAUGAUACCAAAGGGCGCGUCGCAUAUACCUCUGAAAGGCUGUCUGCGAAUCUGCAAACGUCUAGAGAUUGAUUUCGCAGAAGCGUCCAAGGAGAACGAGAAGAAGGUGCGCGAGGAGUGGAAGAAGUGGAAUGAGGAGCAGAAACGGAAGGAAGAAAUGAAAUUAGAGAAACUCUGUCUUGAGUUGUGGCGGAAGUUCAUUGUUGGGCUGAAGAUCAGGAAGCGGGUGCAGGCUCAGUAUGGCGAGGACGUUGAGAUGGGCUCUAGUGGCGUCGCAGUCGAGCAAUUUCCUGCAAAAGCCACUUCAGGAGUCAGUCGCGCAGAGGCGAUCAAUGUUGACGAUGAUGAUGAAGACGGUGCAAACAGCGGCUUAGCAGCUGAUGCUGCUACUGAGACACCUGGUCUGGACGAUGCAGAAACGAGUGGCGCCGGUGGAGGAUUCUUCCUUCCCCAUUCUGACGAAGAAAUGUCUGAGGCUGGCGAACUUAUCAUGGACGACCACAAUGAAGACACAGGUCCAUCUAAGUCCAGACGCAACCGAAUAUUGAUAUCAAGCCCCGAGGAGCAGCAGACCCCGCUACCACAAUCGAAGAAGGCUGCGAUCGGUCGGACUACCAAGCCAGAUGACUUCCAUCGGCAGCGACAAGCCGAGUUUGAAGCAGCAGCUGAUAAUUCCGAAGCGGAAGUGCCAGCGACCAGACAUGAUGGCCACGCUAACGGGAGCAACAAGUACGAUGAUGGAACAAACUCCGACAGCUCGGCAUCUUCUGCAUCGCCCGAAGCUGGUAAGGAAUCACCACCAUCUUCCGAGGACGACUACAACCCCAUGUCCAAGCAGCAAAAACGCACCGUUAAAGCGCGGAGAAACAUCAACGGCAGUACGGGUGCUGCGAAGGCAGCCGGUGUGAGCCUGACCCAGAAGAGAAGUGGUCGCUUGAAGAGCCCAGCACAUUCCAAUACGCGCACUCCGAAGCCUGCAACGACCACGCCGGACAUGAGAAGAUCGAUGCGUACGUCAACUAGCAAGACGAAGGUCUCUUACACUGCUGAUGACAGCGACGACGAUCAAGAUGAAGACGACUCGACGGUCGUCAGCCCCUACUUCUCUGCUGCUUCUGGUCGUAGUACUGGGAAGAGAGGGAAGCGCAAAGCUUGA